CAUAUGCGAGAGGUCGCUGAGCGAAGGCAGCAGCUGGAACUAGAACAUGAGCAGGCACUGGCUAUCCUCAAGUUUAAACAGGAUGAGAUCAAACGGCUACAGCGGGCUGAGUUUUUUGCCAAGAGGGAGCAUGAGGGGGUGGUACAGUUGCUGGAGACUACUCUGGACUGCAUGCAGUCUAAGGUGCGUGAGUUGGAGGAUAAAUGUCGCAGCCAGAGUGAACAGUUCGGCCUGCUCAGCCAUGAGCUGGAGACCUUCCGACUGCAGGCCGGCAAACUGGACCUGGCUGGCUCCGCACUCCUCACUAACCAUGCCCUCUGCCAUCUGACCAACGGUGUGGGCCUCGCUGGGGAUGUGGCGGCAACUCUCCAGAUGGGGGCCACCCCUCACGCUGCGGGUCUCACACGCUCCCCCACCACCAAGCACCGUGAGCUGCCCACCAUCAGCCUGACCAAGUCCUCCAGCUCCCCCAAGUCUGUCUCUGACACCACCCACCUCUCCCCAAAGUCAGCCGAGUCCCACCACAGCCCCCAUCACAGCCCACGCAGGACCAGCCCCACGCCACACGAGGUUGACACAGCCAGUGAAGUGGAGGAGUUGGACAUUGAUGUGUCCCCAGCACCUUACACCACUCUCAGAGGAGCCGCCAAGCUACAGGUCUUCAUCGGCAGAUACAGCUAUAACCCCUAUGAUGGUCCAAAUGAUAACCCAGAGGUGGAGCUGCCACUCACCGCUGGGGAGUACAUCUAUGUUUAUGGCGGUAUGGAUGACGACGGCUUCUAUGAAGGUGAGCUGAUGGACGGGCGGAGAGGGCUGGUCCCCUCCAACUUUGUGGAGCGCGUCUCAGAUGAUGACAUGAUGAGCGCCCAUGUUCCAGAGGGCACGGACAUAUCCCACAACUCCUUGCUGGACAGCAGCCUGCACAGGGAGCAGGUCCCGGCCCCCUCGGACCCCUCCUUCCGACCCCUCCUCUCCCCAGCCCCCCUCACCAACGGCCUGGACCUAGACCUGGAGGUGGGGGUGGACACUGUGCCUUACCCGCGCAAGCUCACCCUCAUCAAGCAGCUGGCCAAGAGCAUCAUCAUUGGCUGGGAUGGGCCGCUGGUGCCAGCGGGCUGGGGCAAUGUGUGGAGCUACAAUGUGUACGUGGACCAGGAGCUGAGGCUCAACGUGCCCUUCGGCUCUCAGACUAAAGCUGUCCUAGAGAGACUAGACGUCAAUCUCAAGGCCUAUCGAGUGUCUGUGCAGAGCCUGACUGAGCGCGGCAGCUCGGACCAGCUCCGUUGCUCCAUGCUGGUGGGCAGGGACGUAUGUGUGGCGCCCACCCAGCUCAGAGUCGACCGUGUCACCGCCACCUCGGCCAGCCUGUCGUGGCUGCCCAGCAACAGUAACUAUGUGCACAUUGUGUCCUUGAACGAGGAGGAGAUGGAGCUGGUGAAGGCUGGCAGCUACUCGCUGUGCCUCAGUAACCUUUCCCCCAGCCUGCACUACACGGUCAAGGUGGAGGCUCGGCCACACCAAACCCCCUGGGAGCUUCCCCAGGAGAGGCGGGAACACAAGACCGCCACCACUACCUUUACCAUGCUGGCCGCAGGUCCCCCUGAUGCUCCUCUGGAUGUGCAGCUGGAGCAGGGGCCCUCCCCGGGAAUCGCCCUUAUCAGCUGGCUGCCUGUCACCAUCGAUGCUGCUGGGACCUCCAACGGAGUCCGCGUCACCGGAUACACCAUCUACGCUGACAAGAAAAAGGUGUUGGAGGUGUCAUCCCCUACGGCAGGCAGUGCCCUAAUGGGCCCGUCUCAAAUCCAGUCCCUUAUGACGGCCCACCAACUCACCGUGCGCACCAUGUCCGCCCACGGGGAGUCCACCGACUCUGUGCCAGUCAACGUGCCCGCCAAGCUAGCCGCCAUCAUGACGGACCAGGCCUCGGCUACCUCCGCCCCAUGCUCCUCGUCACCCCCCGUUCACCAGUCACCACCCUACCAGUCACCCCCUGUCCACCAGUCACCCCCCUUCCUGUCUUCAUCACCACCCAUACAGCCCCAAUCCCCGUCCUAUGGGAACUCAGCUGCCAAAGUCUCCACGCUACCCUACGCCACGGCCUCACCGCCGCUAGACGCACACGCCAUGGUCCCUAACGGGGGGCUGCCCUCUGCCAACUCUCCCCCAGUCCACACCCUCCACACAGAGGCCUCCUCCCCGCUCCCUGCCUCGUACGCAGAGGCCUGGGCCAACCCCUUAGCAAAGUCUCCUGCUCCCCCUCGGGAUGCCUUGGCAGUGCAUGAGGCCACCAUGUCACCUCCAGUAGCACCAAACUAUCAGGCCAAGUUGCCAUCAGUACCAUCAGCCUAUGAGGCUAUGAUGUCACCACCAAUACAACCAGCCUGUCAGGCCAUGCUACCACCAGCCUCUCACAUCAACACAACGGUCAAUGCAGCCUUGCCCCCCAACCAGAGUCCAGUCCCAGGCCUAGUCCCAGCAGCAGCCAUGGAGCAGAGCAGAGCAGUCACAGAAAUCCCCGGAGCUCCCCGUCCCGUCAUGUCCAUCACAGACUUUCUCCCCAUGGAAGACGACUCCCGUGCAAACCUUUCAACCCCUGAGCCCUGCCCCACCCCAACCCAGGACAGACACUCUCUCCUGCCCCCCAAAGCCCCCUCUCCCCUGGAGUCAGAACCAGACUACUCUAUGGAGAGGUCGACCACACGCCUGGUGUCCAUGGAGGAGUUCCUCAGGCAGGAGAAGGACCCAGGCUUCAGCAGGCAGCCACAGGGUUAUGCUGUUGGCCUGGUGGAGCCUCCGUACGGUGCAACAGAGAACAGUAGGGGCUCGGACCUGUCUGAUAUCCUGGAGGAAGAGGAGGAGGACAUGUACUCAGACCCCCGUGGACCCACCCUGGCCCGAGGGUACACCACAGGAGCCGACAGGCCAGACCAGUGGGAGGUGCCGGACAGUGACGAAGAGAUUCUGGAGAGUAUCCUGAAGCUUCCUCCACAGGCCCAGGCUCAGGCCUACCACUACCAUCACGGUCAUCAUCACCUCAACAAGCACCUGUUCAGCAUCCCAGAGGUCACUGAUGAAGAGGACAACAGCGUGGACGAGGACUAUAAUCACCGGCGCCACCGAAGACAGUCCCAAGCCAGGCCCAGCCGCACACACCUCCACCCCGAUGACCCCCACUACCACAGAACCCAAGACCAACCCCAGCCCCACCACCACCACCACCACAGCAGCAGAGCUGAAGCCAAAGAGCCUUUACCCAGACAUAGUGGUGGUGCUGUUGUCAGGGCUCGGCCCCAGCACAGGGUCCACUACGCAGACACAGUAAACAGCAUCAGCUACCCUGAGGAGGGGGAGCUGGUCCUCGGGCCCAGUAAGGAGAUGUGGGUGCGUCAGGCCCCCCAGAAUGCCCACCACGGUGGGGGAAGGAACGGAGUGGGGACGGUUGCCCUGGUAGGCGGGCUAGGGGACAGGCUCAGAAGAGAAGCCUUGCUACGGAGUCAGAUGGCGGUCGCUGCGUUAACGUCCCAGGCCACCGGCCACGCACCAUGCUCCUACCUAGUCAGCAAGACCGUUCGGACGGUCAAGUCCCCUGUGGGCUCGGUAGCAGAGAUCGACAUUGAGUAUGGGACUGACGAGGAGGAUACAUUGACCUAUGACCGCGGGGAACGAGGGGAGGUGGUGGUGGAGCAGAUGAGUUCUGAGUGGUGGGUGGAGGGGUCACAGCCUGACCCCCUCACUCUGGCCCUGCGCCGGGGAAAACCUGCCCUCCAGGCCAUUGCAGCUGCUGCAGCAGAAUGGAGCAUGGAGCCUGCACGGCCUAUAGGAGACAACGAGUUGCGUAUCUUUGUGGCGCUGUUCCCCUACGACCCGGUUAACAUGUCCCCGAACCCUGAUGCCGCUGAGGAGGAACUGCCCUUCAGAGAGGGACAGAUCAUCAAGAUCUACGGAGAUAAAGACUCGGACGGGUUCUACCACGGCGAAUUGAACGGUCGUCAUGGUUACGUACCGUGUAACAUGGUGUCUGAGAUUCAGGUGGAGGAUGAGGAGACCAGAGAGACACUCCUGCAGCAGGGCUUCCUGUCUACCCACGCAAACAUGGAGAAGAUAGUUGAGUCUACUGCAAUGUGGGAGGAUAGCUUAGAAUCCUCCAGUCAAGAUCCCAGCCAGUCUGGUGUUGCCAUGGCGAACCCAGCAGGUCCCGUUCCUCGCAGGAUGAAGGCCAUCUUUGACUACGACCCUCGAGAGAGUUCUCCCAACGCUGACAUUGAGGCUGAGCUGACCUUCAGUGCCGGGGACGUCAUUUAUGUGUUUGGUGACAUGGACGAUGAUGGCUUCUUCUAUGGCGACCUGAACGGACACAAAGGCCUGGUCCCGUCUAACUUCCUGCAGGCUAUCCCAGAGACUCCUCGGAAAGCCCCACCACCUGACCCUCAGCCUCCGCCUCUAGCAGAGCCCAGGAGAGAAUUACAGGUGAGCCCGAGCACCUCCAUGGAGCAGACAACACCAGAGAAGGUUCCACAUUCACCCCUACAGACAGGGCUGACUGGCCCAGUCCACACACACCUCCAGCACCUAGACCUGAAUCCAUCCGCCGCAGCAGCCAUGAUAGACCCCUCCACGGACCCUGGCCCAGGCGCAUACUACCCCAACCCAGCCCCAAGACAAGCCGCCCCCAGAAUCAGCACCUCUCCACCCCACGUUCCACCAGAAAGCCCCUCACAAACAGACCAGACAGAUGCCUCCCCACCAGGCAAGAAAAAGAAAGGCUUCUUCUCCAAAGGGAAGAAGCUUUUCAAAAAGCUUGGAUCCAGCAAGAAGGAUUGAAACUUGAGACAUUUACCCCACCUUAUUGAAAGCACUUUUACAUGUUUGUUAUCAGUCUUCGUUGUCUUAGUCUAUGUUAAUUUAGUUGGAGUGUUCUGUAACUACAGAUACACUAACUUGUCCUUGGCCGAUAUUAUACAGCUAAAUAUACCGCUUCAAUGGGCUUUCUUGAUAAUACUACUAAACCAGCUAUCAAUAGAGAUCAAUAGUAGAGAUCAAUUUUUUUUAAGGCACUAACUCCACUAUGGUGCGUAGGACAAAGCCUAUGAGGAGAUUAUUGCUUUUAAAUACGUUUUUGUAGGGUUUUAGGAUAAAUGUCGAAAAUAGGAUCUGUGGUAAACACAGGCUUAGGAGAUCUUAUACGUUUUUUUUAUGAGAUCAUCUUCAUCAGCUAAUGUCACUUUUUGUGAACUUUCAAGCAUUUAUGUUAGGAAAAAAAGCACAUAAAGGCUUCAUAAUUCAUAAAGGUUAUGUUAACUGACUGCUAUUAUCUCAUAGAACAGAAAGUAUCAGAGAACAGAAAGAUCUCCUAAGCUUGUGUUAACCUCAGACAUUAUUUUCUGCAUUUAUUUAUCCCAAAACCCUGUUUUUUCCCCAUUAAUUUUCCCCAUAGGAAUGGUUGAACAAACAAAAGGUAACUAAUUUCCGUUUUUUUACGACUACAAGCUGGCGAGCUUUAUAUGGUGGAGCAUAUUUUGUCUGUAUCCGAAAUGGCACCCUAUUCCCUUCAUUGUGCACUACUUUGGGAAUAGGGUGCCAUUUCAAACACAGAGAUUGUCAUAUAUAAAAUGUGGCAGCAUCACUGACAGCAUGCUAAUGAGCAUGUUGAAGUAUUUAAACUCCUAACCUGUGCUGUGCUUACAGGCUGCCUCUAAAUACCCACCAAUUACCUAAUACGUGUUAACCAUUAGUAGUCCACUCCACUCUGUGAGGGUUUGUACCUGACGUUAAUCUGGAAGUAAUCUCUGGAAGGAUUGGAUUUGCUUUGAGUUGAUCAGAUACAAAUGCAGAGGUGAUGUUCAAAUGCUGCUCUAGACUCUAUCCGUGGUCCAACUCUGUCUGUGGUCCAACUCUGUCAGUUCAACUGAGGAUGGAAGAGAGCAUCUCUUUAUCUGUUGGCUGUUGUUUCUCAUCCCUGUCACUUUUCAGACCGAUCUGGAAUCUAUUCUACAUAGAUGUAUUUUAAACAUCAGUUUGGUCAGUGAGUCCCUCUCUGUCUCAUAUCAAAAGUAUUGAAACUAACUAGGAUUGUUUUUAACGCUAAUUGUACACUUUCACUCAUUAUGAGCUCACUACAGUAUAGCUGAAUGGAAGUUUAACAACAACUCCGUCCAUUCAUUACGAUUGACAACCAUAAAGUAAUUUAUUUUAGAUCUUUGUGUUGAAGUUGAGUAUGUUUGGUAAAUUGUGUUUUUAGUGUGAGGAAGGAUGGGUCUUAUGGCCUCCUGAAGUGUGUAGACAAAGCGAGACUGACGGUAGCGAGACUGAAACCUAUCUAUGCCUUUCUGUAUAAUGUUGGCGCACAGAACUCAUACUCGUGUGUGUGUGUGUGUGUGUGUGUGUGUGUGUGUGUGUGUGUGUGUGUGUGUGUGUGUGUGUGUGUGUGUGUGUGUGUGUGUGUGUGUGUGUGUGCGUGCAUGUCUGGGCGUGUAUGGGGUAAUUUCCUGUCACUGUACUGUCAUAGUAUAGUGUCUUAGUCCAGGGUCUGUCUUGAGUCUGUCCUUUUUCUUUCGGGUUAGAUGUUUAUUUUCCUCCAUUUUAGGAGUGUUGUAAGGACAAUGAACACUAAAACAUUUGGAAGUGUUCAUUUUAUUCUACCAUGGUUAACAACCCAACUCAUGCACUGUAGCUGCAUUGUUUGAUACAGCUGCUCCAUCCGGUAUAAUAUGCAGUAAUAGUUUUCUGAAGGUGUCAAAAUGACAGGCGAAGUUAGUAAAUGUAAUAAGUUGGUUUUAUGUGUUUGUUGUGUUGAAUACAGGGCUGGUGUUAAAUGUUAAUAAUUUCUCAGGUUCAACUAGUUUUAGUCACUCAGCUCUGCUCAGUUGAGCCACCUCGUCUCACUAAAAUGUGUCUGUUGAACCGCAGAGGGAGAUUCUUGCCAAAACAUUAGGUGCUUUAUCCGUUACUAUAACGAGGAGAUACCAAGCAUGAAACACCAGGGGUGAAAUAGCUCGAAAUAUACAGCAUAGAACAGAUGUAUGUUCUACCUAAUAACAGCCUAUGUGAGACAUGUAUGUUCUAUAGGCCACAGUUCUAUCUGCAACAUUCUGAACAUUGCUUGCGACCCGUUGGAUUAGCCCCAGCAGAGGGCGGAGUCUAAGCACACCUGACUCCAGACUUUAGAGGAGGAAAAUCUGGUUUCUUUGAUGUUAUGAAUGCUUUGUUUUAUUUAUUUAUUAUUUUAAUUGUAUAGUUCUAUCAGUGUUACAAAUUAAAAGGGACAAUAACGAAUAGCAGAAAAUGAGGAAACAUCGGUUGCGCCACUUUUGAGCUGGCCUUGAAUAAUCCUGGUAAGAAAGCAGAGAUAAGGUAUUAGUACUGUACUGUACGUGUCAGGUUGUACUUUAAAGUGGCUGAACAUUUACAGUGGAUAUUUGUAUUCCUUCACAGCCUUUAAUGGACCAAUGUUCCCCUACCUACCUGCUCUAAUCUGUAGUCAGAAAGCUAGUAGCAUUCAUUGUUAUUGCAAGCUUUAGGAGCGAACUACUACUGCCCAUGUCUGUCUCCACAUAGGCUACAUCUAUCCUGCUCUGCUAUCUAAAUAGGACCUUAACCCUUAGCAAGCAUUUUGAUAUAGUUGAUAUAAUAUUUAGCCUUACAAGACCUGUUUAGUCUUAAUAUGUUGUUUACACUACUUUAUUGAUUGCAUGCAUAAUAAUGAUGUUAUACCCAUAUUUGGCCUUAUUUAUUAUCGUCAUAUUUAUGUAUAGGUCUAACGUUACUUGGCAUUAUGUUUGCAAUUUUUUAGUCAUCUGAUUGAUUAUCGAUGCAGUGGAAGCCAAGUGUGGAGUAUUAUGGAGUUUCAGGAGUCUAUGUGUGUAUGUGUAUUAUAAUUUACAGCUAGCUGUAAGUUACUGUAAGUGAGGCACUAUGGGGCUUUGGACUAUAAGGUAUGAUCAUAUUUUCAUACAGAGAAUGGAACUUUUUUUUGUCUUUCCUGACCUGUAUGUAUGCUUUCUUUUGAAAACAAGGGGAAGAUUUACCUUUUGUAUCUUAAGGCUUGUAUUACCCAUUUUGGAAAAGCUCACCUGUAAAUAUGUUUUUGUUUUGAUUUUGUUAAUAUUGUUUUUCAGAUGUCUUUUUGCAUGUGGAGGCAGUGUUGUUGAUUGAGGAACAAUAACUCAGAAGUAGUGCACAGAGGACUUGUUGACUUGAAAUGGUGGCGAUUUCUUUCAAUAUGGAUCUUUUUACAGGAAUAAAGUAUAUU